AUGGCUAUUGACCUGCGUACACUGGGAUUCAUCUCUGGUGUCUCUCUGGAAGCUCCUUACUGCAGCUGGCUUCACUUCCUGCUUGUUCUUGGGGUGGUUCCUGCAGGUCAGAUGUAUGCAGCGCAGGUGAUCGGCGCUCGCACCCGAGGCUCCUUCCCUAUACAUCACUGUAACGUCUCCGUUCAGAAAAGCUGCACCUUCUCGCCAACUUUGUACCGUUCAUCGUCUGCGGUACAAAUCGUGAGUGGAUUUGUGAUAGUCAUAGAGCAGCUGGGUCUGGACCCGAACUCGGACUUCUCAGACUCGGGUGUGCAGCAGCGUCUGGAGGAGCACCGCGAGAGAAUCCGUAGAGAGAUCCGCAAAGAGUUGAAGAUCAAAGAGGGAGCGGAAAACCUGCGGCGCGCCAUCAGUGACAAGCGCAACACUCACCAGGUGGACCACCAGUUACGCUCCUCCAAUCGCAGGCUGAACACACUUCAAACACAGCUGCAAGAGCUGGACGCACACAUCAUGGUGAAGGGACAUGACGACAGCAAGGAUGACCUCCCGCACACCGGGACCACCAACCGAUUGUCAGCCAAUGAGGAGCGCAUCAUGGCUCUGGAGCGGCAGCUCAAUAUCGAGCUGAAGGUCAAACAGGGAGCAGAGAAUAUGAUCCCCAUCUACGCCAAUGGAGCCACUAAGGUAACACACACACACACACACACACACACACACACACACACACACAACCUGUCUAUACCAACACUACCUCACACACUAUAUUAUCUUCUUUUAUUAGUGUUUAGAGGAACCAACAUACAGUAAACACAAGCUCACACG